CCCAUGUGCUGGCCCCGCCCCCUCCUCGUCCCGGCUUGGAGUGAUGACGUCAUUAGCUGGCGACGGCCCUUUCAGACAUGGCGGCCAUGGGAGCAUCCAUCGCUUCCCUUCUGUUUCCUGCGCUGCGUGUCUCGGCCUUAAAGUUUGCAGUUCCCCUCUCUGAUGGUAGAUAUGGACGCUUGAUGCUGCAGGGAGCAAUCAGGAGUGCUGCCUCUGAUGCUUCCAGCCCUGGCUUGUGGUUUCUACUGGGCCCUGCAACUUGGUUCGUUGUGCUGAAGUCAUGAAGCUGCAUUGGAAGAAAUCUGAGACUGCGGCUGAUGAUCUGCUGGAUCCCAUGAAGAUAAGACAAGCCUAGGGGCUUGCUGAAGGCUUGCAGAUCACUCUACUGAUGCCAUCCAAGCCCAUCACACUGUCCCAGGUGAAAUGGUGCUGAGUGCCCAACACGAAGGGUGUGAGCUCACUGCAGCUGGGAACCUGGGAAGACAGUGAGUGAACAGCCACAACUGGAGGCCUCCAACUCACCUGUGUGCUGUGCUGUGCAGUGAGGAGCUGCUCAGUGCAGGAUGCACCCGCAAGACAAGGAAGAGGGAGAGGAUUUGGAUGGAUUUCCUUACCCUUGGAUCAGAGCUUAGCAAUGGGGGCUCCUGUUCUCCAGAGCUCCCAGUGCUGAUGAAGAGGAAUGGUGGCUGCAUACUGAUAUUUUGGGAGUACAGUUGCUUGUAUUUAUUGCUUUACAAGUGCAAGUCACAUCAAUAAAUAAACAUCUCUGGUGUUUCAACAGCUUGUAGGCUCCUUGAACUGUUGUUGCUCCUGAAUAGGGAACUGUACACUUGAGUUUGUCCCCAAGCAUCUGUGCUGCUGCUUGAGGAUUCUGUGAGCCCCUGAGCACCACCCUGAGGGCUGGAAACGGUGCAUCCCAUGAUGAGGAGAUUGGGUUUUGGUGCCUGUGGGGCAGGGAUGUGUCCCCAGGGCUGCUCCUGAGUUCCACCCAUGCUCUCUGAUCCUUACUGGGCUCUCUGCUUGGAUUGUGGUGACAGCAGCUCACCCUGCUCAGCAUCCUGAGCAGCACGGUGCUUGGUGCACCCAGUGGCUGUCACUGUGCUGUCUCAUCAGCCGCUGUGUGGGUGGAGGCAGCGACCCGCAGACUUGUGGCUUUCAGGGUGCUGUAGUGUGGGGCCGGAUGCAUCCGGGUGCCAGAAUGACUGUAGCACUGCUGCAAGCAUGGCAGUGUGUGCACCCCUGGGCUGUGUCCUGUGCACCCAUGGAUGAACCCAGUGGCUGGAUCCCGCUGUGGGCACAUGGAGGUGCAGUCCUCCAUACGGUGCUGGUGCUCAGGUGCUUUGGGGAGUGGGAACAAAUCCCCACCCUGCCCUUCUGUAUGUCUCCUGUGCUGUCAUCACCACACUGUCCCCCAUGGGAGGUGACAAUAGGGCUGGGCCCCGCGUCCCGUGCGCCUGCGCCGCUGCUUGGGCGGGUAGAGGUGCAGGAAGCAGCACAGAGGGGGGAAGUGGGCGCCUGUGGGCCGUGGGCGCAGCAUGGCGGAGCUGGAGGGCCCCGAGUUUGGCAAGGCUGACUUUGUCCUGCUGGACGAGGUCGACAUGGAGCACUUCAUGGAGAACCUGCGCCUGCGGUUCUCAAAGGGCCGCAUCUACACCUACAUCGGGGAGGUGGUGGUGGCCAUGAACCCAUACCAGGCACUGGAGCUGUACGGCCCCUCUGUGGUGGAGCAGUACCGGGGCCGUGAGCUCUACGAGCGCCCACCGCACCUCUUUGCGUUGGCUGAUGCUGCCUACAAGGCCAUGAAGCGCCGUGCCAAGGACACCUGCAUUGUCAUCUCAGGUGAGAGUGGGGCUGGCAAGACAGAGGCCAGCAAGUACAUCAUGCAGUACAUCGCCGCCAUCACCAACCCAACGCAGCGCGCCGAGGUGGAGAGGGUGAAGAAUGUGCUGCUGAAGUCCAACUGCGUCUUGGAGGCCUUUGGCAAUGCCAAGACCAACCGCAAUGACAACUCGAGCCGCUUCGGCAAGUACAUGGACAUCAACUUUGACUUCAAGGGAGACCCCACAGGCGGCCACAUCUACAAUUACCUCCUGGAGAAGUCCCGAGUCCUCCAGCAGCAGCCGGGAGAGAGGAACUUCCACUCCUUCUACCAGCUGCUGCUGGGAGCCCCUGAGACACUGCUGGCCUCACUGCAUCUCCAGCGGGACCCCAGUGCAUACUGCUACACCCAUCAGAGCACCCAGGGCAGCGCUGGCGGUGAUGAUGCGCGUGCCUACCGGGCGGUGGAGGAGGCGAUGGCAGUCAUUGGCUUCACCCCAGAGGAGGUGGGAGCUGUGCGACGCAUCCUGGCGGCCAUCCUGCACCUGGGCAAUGUGCGGUUCGUGGCAGAUGGUGAGGUGGCAGCGCUGGAGGCAGUGGAGCAGCUGGCAGUGCUGGCCCAGCUGACAGGAACAACAACUGAGCAGCUCCGCCGGGCACUGCUGGCCCGCACCGUGGCCACAGGAGGCGGGGAGCUCAUCGAGAAGGGCCACAGCCCCAUGGAGGCUGCCUAUGGCAGGGAUGCCUGUGCCAAGGCCAUCUACGAGCGGCUCUUCGGAUGGAUUGUAGGGCGCAUCAAUGCCAGCAUCACAGCACGUGGCUACGAUGUCCGGCAGCACGGCAAGAGCACCGUCAUUGGUGUCCUGGACAUCUAUGGCUUUGAGAUCUUUGACACCAACAGCUUUGAGCAGUUCUGCAUCAACUACUGCAACGAGAAGCUGCAGCAGCUCUUCAUCGAGCUCAUCCUGAGGCAGGAGCAGGAGGAGUACCAGCGGGAGGGCAUCCCCUGGCAGAACAUUGAGUACUUCAGCAACGAGCCUAUUGUGGAGCUGGUGGAGCAGCCGCACCGAGGCAUCCUGGCACUGCUGGAUGAGGCCUGCUUGGCUGUGGGGACCGUCACCGAUGCUCUUUUCCUGGCCAACAUGGAUGCUCGCCUGGGCCACCACCCACACUACAGCAGCCGCAAGCUCUGCCCCACUGACAAGACCAUGGAGUUUGACCGCGACUUCCGCAUCAAGCACUACGCUGGAGAUGUCACGUACUCUGUGGAGGGUUUCCUGGACAAGAACAAGGACACACUAUUCCAGGACUUCAAACGGCUCCUCUACAACAGCACGGACCCUGUGCUGCGUGCCAUGUGGCCUGAUGGUGAGCAGAGCAUCACUGAGAUCACCAAGCGCCCUCUGACCGCCGCCACGCUCUUCAAGAACUCCAUUGUGGCCCUGGUGGAAAACCUUGCUUCCAAGGAGCCUUACUAUGUGCGCUGCAUCAAGCCUAAUGACCAGAAAUCUCCAGUGCUGUUUGAUGAGGAGCGGUGCCGGCACCAGGUCGCCUAUCUGGGGCUGCUGGAGAACGUGCGUGUGCGCCGUGCCGGCUUCGCCUACCGCCAGCCCUACGACCGCUUCCUGCAGCGGUACAAGAUGACAUGUGAAUACACAUGGCCCAACCACCUGAUGGCCACUGACCGUGAGGCCACACAGACCCUCCUAGAGCAGCAUGGCUUUCAGGACGAUGUGGCUUAUGGCCACACCAAAGUCUUCAUCCGCACACCCCGCACACUCUUCUCCCUUGAGCAGGAGCGGGCUCAGCUCAUCCCCAUUAUUGUUCUGCUGCUGCAGAAGGCUUGGCGUGGAGCCCUGGCCCGGCGACGGUGCCGCUACCUGCGUGCUGCCUACGCCAUCAUGGGCUAUUACAAGAGGCACAAGGUGAAGUCAUACCUGCUGGAGCUGGUACGGCGCUUCCAGGGCGUGCGCUCCAUGCCCGACUUUGGCAAGAGCCUGGCAUGGCCAGAGCCACCGGCUGUGCUGAGCCGCUUCCAGGAGAACACCCAGCAGCUCUUCCGCAGGUGGCGAGCGCGGCAGAUCGUCAAGAACAUCCCUCCCUCCGACAUGGCGCAGAUCCGGGCUAAGGUGGCUGCCAUGGGGGUUCUGCAUGGGCUGCGGAAGGACUGGGGGUGCCAGCGGGGCUGGAUGCGUGACUACUUGUCCUCGACCAGCGAGAACCCAGGCUUGGCGCUUCCCUUCGCCCGCCGCGUGCAGGCCCUACGUGACAAGGUGCACUUUGGUGCUGUCCUCUUCUCCAGCCAUGUCCGCAAGAUCAACCGCUUCAACAAGAGCCGGGACCGUGCCAUCCUGAUCACCGACCAGCACCUCUACAAGAUGGAGCCUCGGAAGCAGUACCGGGUGAUGCGGGAGGUGCCUCUCAGCAUGGUGACGGGGCUGAGUGUGACGAGCUGCCAGGCGCAGCUGGUGGUCUUCCACACGCAGAACCACGAUGACCUGGCUGUGUGCCUGCACAAGACACAGCCGCGGGGAGAUGAGCGGGUGGGCGAGCUGGUGGGCGUCCUGCUGGAUCACUGCCGAACGACCAAGCGGGAGCUGCAGGUCCAUGUCUCUGAUCACAUCCAGCUGAGCCUGCGCGGGCGCAAGAGGUUGCUGACUGUGGAAACGCAUCCCGAUGUGGCUGCCCCUGAUUUCCACAAGAGUCGUGAUGGUUUUGUGCUCUACUGGCCUGGGAGCUGAGGGGGUGGACGCUGUGUCCCCCACUGCUGCCACCAGUGCUGUGGUGACAGGGGAUAGCUGUGUCUUGUAUCCCUGCCCCAUGCACUGCAUCACCCCCAGCCCUGCAUCCCCCCAUCCCACCUCCCCCUUCCAAGGUAAUGCUGAAGCCUUUGUAUGCACUGAGAAUAAAGAGCUGGUGGCAGUGUGGGUGGCAGCA